GAAGGCCUGACUCUCCAACGGGUCACCUGUACAGCAAGAGUAAGCCGGGGUAGGUACAAAGGCUGUAGUUGAACCCGAAGGGGACAACUACCUCCCGAACCAAGACCAAGACCAAGAGCAAGGGCGGGAAAACGUGAGGCGUUGCUUGUGAUGGAGGGCGGCGAGGCUUGGCGCCGAGGAGCUCCCGAGACACCCGAUGGUAGCGACGGGCUGUGCUGGGGCGUGGCGGGCGGCGCAGAGAUGACUACACACGCCCAGAAGACAGAGCUGUUCCUAUUGCCUCAAGAAGGGAGCAACCAUUGGCUGUGUCGAGAAGAAGUGUAAGCGCAGGUACCACUUCCCGUGUGGCAUCCGCAACAGCACCCUUUGUAUGUUCAGCAAUGACUACAGGUCUUACUGCAGGCUCCACCGUGAGUACCAGUCUGGCGUGGGUGUGGGACAGUCUCAUGAAUGUCCAAUAUGCAUGGAGCAGUUAGUGGCUGACCCCACACAUGCAGUGUGGGCACCCUGCUGCCGCCGCAAUUCAUGGUUCCAUAAAAAGUGCAUCCAGACGCUUGCCCUGAAUGCUGGCUACUUCUUCAAGUGUCCCCUCUGUAACGACACUGAUACCUUCCUGCCGGAGAUGAAGAAGCUGGGAAUCUACGUCCCAGAACAAGAUGCCAGCUGGGAAUUAGAGCCAAAUGCCUUCAGUGAGUUGUUGGAGCGCCCCAUCAUUUGUGAUGCCACCAAAUGCCUCUGUCCUGAUGGCCGGAAAGCAGACGUGGAUGGAACGUGGUGGGAGGUGCUCCUGUGUACCAUGUGUGGGUCAACAGGUGUGCAUGUCAGGUGUGGAGAGCUGCCCUUCACUGCCACCUGCUGGACCUGCCACAUCUGCUCCACCACGACUGCCACCCGGGCCUCCACCACCGCUGCUGCGUCGGCUGCACGCUACCCCACACGCCGCACCAGAGAGACAGCUGGGCCUGAGGCUGGUGGUGGGGAGGGUAUGUCCCCCAAGAAAAGGAGGCUGGAGCAGACACCUGGUCCAGACACAUCAAGAGUGGGGGAGGAGAAGGAGGAGGAGGAUGACACAGUUUCUCCAGACACAGUAUUGCUGGAUCUGGAGCAGCGUGGGGAGGAGUUGCCGGCAGCCCUGCAGCACUUAAAGGAAAAAGUGCGGCUCUUACAGGCCCGUAUGAAGGAACUUAGGUUGACGGAGGGAGAGGUGGUGCGGAUCACCCAGCGUACGUCAGGCUCCCACAGUAGUGGCUCAGGACAAGAGCCACAGGUUAGCCUAGAGAGUGCUCUGCCAUAUUCCACAGGAACACAGUCAAAGCUUACAGUCCAGCCACCCAAACUUGCGCUGUCCAGGAGCCACACCCUCCCCGACAAGACGCAGCUCACGCUUGUAGCCUUGAUGCAGCGGCCUCCCCCUGUCUCCUCUACGACAGCUCAUCCUGAUGAGGAACAGAAAGGCAGUCCUCCUCAUCCAACAUUCCUCCUCGACAAGGGGCAUCUCCUGUCAUUCUGGCGCUGUGGUUUGCCGCUGGGUCGCAUGAAGGAGGUGAUCAACAUAUUGGAGUUCGUUUUUACACAGCGUGAAACCCAGGCAGCCAAGGCAGCCCUAGCUCUUGCCUCUCGUCGCCGACCAUCCCCUCGCACGACACCAAGUGGCAGACGUACGCGAGCCACACGCUGCACAACACCAACCACCCAGGGGCAAGGGUGGUCAGCAGGCCACACCCCAGCCUCACCACACAACACUGCAAGCCUUCCUGCCACACCACAAAGCUCAGCAGGUCACAGCGACACUCCACACAUUACUUUGCACCACCCCAGCACCCCAAGCAUUGCCUCUCGCCAGCGUACCCCACAGUCUAGUGCAUCACAGCAGUCUUUAGCUCCCUGUAGUGAGUCACUCCAACAUAGAACACCCCAGACUGACCCACAUGAGUUAAGCUCACCAAAUACUAAUCCAUUGCACCACAGUUCACCAUACAGCAAUUCGUGCCAGUCUAAGUCAUGCCAACAUGAUGUACAGGAGCAGAACUCAUCCCCGAGGCAGUCUCCAUCAUUCACAAAGCUGCAGAGUGAAUCAAGUCAGUCACAGCAGCCUACUUUAGCCAAGAGUGUUUUUGAAGAGGCAUCUCCACCCACCACACGCAGCACCAGUCAUGCGGCGGCCACUGAGGAGUCUGGUGUGUCCCGCGGUGCAUGUCGACGCCUCCUGCUUCAGCCCGGCACCAUUGAUUCCACCACUAGCUUCACAAGCACAGGCAAGGACAAAUCCAGCAGUGAAGACUCUCAGAACUCCACCAGCUCCACUAGGCAAGCAACUCCGCACGCCGCCUCUGAUAGGGGGCUGGAAUCCCAACACAGAUGAUCCCUGCUAUGUAUGACUUCACCAUUAAUGGGUUUCAUGUAUCUGUGGACUUUUGAGAAAUUAAUAAAAAUCCCUAGAGGAGUCUAUUCUUCACACCAGAAGCUGUUCCUAGCAGUUCAUAGUGAGUUAAGGGGGUACAGGACACCUGAGGUCAUCUAACUAAACUAUCGGGUAUUGUGAUGAAACUAACUAGGCAUCUAUGUUGCCUACAUUUUGUACGAGCCAGAACAAUGUAUGUAUACUAAUAUGUAUAUUCAUACGUAUACAUGUGUGUAUACGUGUAGUGACACUUAAAAUUACACAGCACCAUUAAUACAUAGCCAAUCACUUUCAUUUUUUGGCUGUGAAUAGUCUUUAGGUAUGCCUAGAGCCCUAUGGAAAAUAUUUUGAAAGUUUCCCAUACAGAAAGGCAUAAUGGUACAAUAGAGCCCCACUUAGCGCAAGAUCAAUUAGCGCGAACCGCAAUUAGCGCGAGCCACCAUCUACCAAGAAAAAAAAUAAUUAGCACGAAAGCCUCAGUUAGCACGAGCAGCCACCACAACUGAAUUUUGAAAAUUGCGCCAAGCCGCUAUGAUGCGCGGUGGCCUGGGUGGCCUGGGGUGGCCUGGGACUGGCCUGCCGCCUGCCUCGCACCACAACACAGCUCCCCGCCACCACUUCCCACAUGGUCCCAGUCUCUCAUGCUCUCUAACGUCAUCCUGGCCCCCCUCGGAGGCUGCCCGCCUCACCUGCCGCCUUCUGCUGGGGGCGGUGCACAGCUCGCCGCCCGUGUGGUGCCACAGCAGCCACUGCCACACUCCGUGUCCCGGCCCCGCCGCCGCCUCCGCCGCCAUCCUCAGGGUGUUGCCACAGUCUUGAGCUUCGCCGCAUCAGCCCCACAGGGCGUCACUAUUACCUGCCACGGCUGGGCAGAUGAGGCAAGGCGUCACUAUUGAUUGUGUGGCCACCGUCACCAUAACACGCUCGAUAAUAACGAGUGUGAUGUCAGCCUGGCCGGGCACGAUGCCCACACACGCCUACACCCUGCCCACUGAACCUUUGCUAGGGCCGAACUCUUGUCACACCCACUUGCUAACGCCACCGACACCUUGGGCCGCAAGAGUCACCAUCACGGCUUGAUAACUGAUGACUGGGUAUUUUGAGUAAUUAUCAAACCCAAAAGUCAGACCCACGUGUGCACCAAAUAUUUUUUUCAUAUUGGUUACUUUAUUCAAUUAGCGCGAAUUCAGUUAGCGCGACCUCGUUCAUCCACUUAAUUCUUGCGUUAAAUGGGGCUCUACUGUAUUUCUUUAAUUAUGUUCAUCGAACAUCGCGUAAAAUCUUUUUUUUUUUUUUUUUUUUUUUUUUUUUUUAUAUACUCCUAUCUCCUUUACCCUAUCAACAAUAUCUAAUCAUAGGUCCCUAGCUACUUGUACAAUCAACAUUCCCUGCAUUUUUCAUGUAAAUCUGAUUGAUUUUAGAUUUUCUGUGAUUAAAAAAAAAAAAGACAAAAUUUAACCUUUAACUCGGUCCAGUUAAACCCACGCGAGACAUUUAAAAUUUGCACUACGAGGAAAACAUUGCUCGGGGAUUAUUUCUAGAUGGUAUAAGGACGUUUUUAACUUAGUUUUGCAAAAUGCUAUAUUUUGACUAAACCCCCCCCCCCCCCAGGUGUCGCGUACCCCCUUAACUCCAUGUGACAGAUGAAAAUGAUGGAAGGAAAGUCAGAGGUCUAGAGUGCAGGUAGUGGAAAUGAGUUAUUUGAGGAGUGCUUGUGGUGUGAGUAGAAUGGAUGGAACGAGUAAUGAAAGUGUGUACGAGCGUUUUGGAAUGUGUCACGGGGGUAAAGGGAAGAAGUGUGGAGUGGUGGAAGAAGUGAAGUGACAGGCUUUAAAGUGGUUUGGCCACAUGGAGUGAAUGGAGGAGAGUAAGAUGACCAGAAGGGUGUAUGUGAGUGAGAUAGAGGGAGGGAAUGCUAGAGGACGACCUCCAGUGAAAUGGAGAGAUAGGGUGAAGGAGUACAUUAGGGAGAGGGGGGAAAGAUCUUUGAGAAACUUUGAGCAGGCAAGGAGGGAGUGUCUGGAUAGAGAAAGUUGGAAAUUCUUCUGCCAUGGCCAUCCCCUGGUGGGAGCUCCUAGGAGCAGGCGUCGAUGAAAUGAUGAUGAUGACAGAUGAAAAAUACUAUUCUGAAUGGCUUUGUUCCUUGAGUAUGUGCUGUGCAGCACAGAAAACAUGCAAUCUGUGCUUUAGAUAAGUUGCAGCAACACCACUAUACAGUACCCUCUCAAGUUUCACGCUUGCCUCAUUCCGAAGGUAUGGCGCUAAACUCGAGGAUCACGAAACUCGAGGUAUUGAAAUCCAUGUAAAAGCGCUUAUUGGUUCCGACCUGUGGAAAAUGACUUUUUCCGACUUUACUCCCUUGUUAUCACAAUUUUUUUACUUAACUCCCUUGUUAUCUCAAAAUACGUACCUUGUUAAUAGGCAGCAAAUGGGAAGUAAGAACAGAUCGUUUUUAAGCCCCAGUUGAAGGCGGCUGCCUUACAACUGGUUGGCAGUUCUGAAUACACGCUUGUGAUCCACGUGGUGUCGUCUGCUAAAGUAAGGGCGGUCAUUCGCGGUCACCUGUGGGACAGUUGGACAAACCUAUAUUUUUCUGGUAGUUUUUGUGUGUUAUGAAAUAAUCUGCUCACUCUUUCUGUUAAAAACAUGAAAUCACUAAUAUCAUGAUUGACUUUUCAAUGCCCAUGGAACGUAAACCGCUGCCGCCGCUACAAAAUAGCUCGCAGAGAGGUUCAACUUCCUUACUGUUUCCAUGUUUCCCUCACCGCUCACAAAGAUCACAAGCGGACAGACUAGAACAAAACCAGGCAAAUUAAUGCUUUUAAUGCUGUGUAUUCCCACAGCACGCAUGCGUGGUGGACAGCAGAAUGACUAAUUUCAGCGGGGAGAUAUUUCUCGCAACACCGGCCAGUGUAGUGGACCUUCUUCUUCUUCUUUUGACCUGUAAUGCUUUGUGUCACUUCUUAGGUCCUCCUUCUCCACACUUUUAUGCUUCACAACAUGCACUUAGGGCCGCUUUCACAGUCAUUUUGUUUGUUUUGAUCGUUACCAAUGGCGGUGAUCGCCGCUCUAGUAUUUCCAUGUGAAACUGGCCGAUCAGGUAGUGGCGGCUGCGGGGUUAGCCUAGCCCCGCACUUACCACACACUCUCAACAUCUCUCGCUUCGUCUGCAGCCGCCACUACCCCAUCGGCCAGUUUCACGUGAAAUACUAAGCAGCGAUCGCUGCCAUUGGUAACGAUCAAAACAAAGUGACUGUGAAAGCGGCCCUUAGUUAGCGCGCCUAUGGGGUAUUUUUUGACGAAUAUAUUUAAAAUCGGACGAGUACAUGUUUUUCGCUCAGCGUGGCCGGGAAACCCUAAAUUACCAUGUGGUGAGGUUUGUUUUCAUAAAAUUAAAACCCCUCCCCCUUGGGGGGGCUUUAGAGUAAUAGUCGGACAUAUGCGUCAUAAGACGCUCUUGUCAACAUAUGCGGUAUCAUUCGUAUAUACGUAAAAAUUGCAUUAGAAUAUUUUAUUUCUUCGUAAAUUUUGUCAUCUGUCAUCCUCUCUUCUUCGCACGGAGAGGCAGGGGAGGAAGAGAGGUGCCACCGCGCCAGUGCCAAGCGAGAGACAGACAGGAAAAGUAUGUCGUACUUUUCUCUCCUCUCCAGCCAAAAAAACGUCCCGACAAAUGAUGUACAAGCGCAAGGCAACCAGAAAAAGUCACCAACAUCAAGAGGGCUUAUGGAGCAGCCAAACCUCAGAAAACAAGCAAGAGAGUAGUGUAGAAGCAAGGCACUCCCGCGGCACUCGCGCUACCUGGCCACAAUGAGGAAGGUGGCGCCUUCUGAAACCCUCACCUGCGAGUGAGUAAUACUUUCUUAGAAAGGGGGACCAGAUGCCUUAUCAUUCUGAGGUAAGUCAACAAGGUAUAUACAGUCAUAUGUGAGAAUUUCAUACCAAUCAGAUAAAUACAAAUAGCAAGACACGGAGAAAUGUAAAAAAAAAAUCUUUAGGAGCCGAUAUCUCGAAAAGUAUCUUUUUAACCUUCAAAUAAUUUCACAAAAUCGGUAAAACGUCUGAAUGACUUCUGUUAUGUAUCAUUUUAAACUACAACUAAAGGGCGAUUUUUUGUUGGAAAUGGAUUUUCAAAAUUUUCAAAAGAAAACGGGACACAGAGUGGAGAAAACAAUAAGUGACAAAAAAUUGUAAUUUUUUCUUCGAAGACAAAACAAAAAAUCAAAAAUUCACUUCCUACAAAAUGUAGAUAGGUAAACAAAGUUUCUAUGGUAUUUUUUUCAAAGCGAUUAACUGAAAAAUAAAGCCUGUGAAACAAAAAAAUUAAAAACACGCUUUGUUUGAGUCUCUCCUAAACUUCACCCGAUUUUGAUGAAAUUCGCAGAAUAUCAUUUCUUUACAUCAACAAACAACAUACUACAAUUUCAAAGCUAUUAGACGUACCAUAUGCACAGGAGGAGACCCAAAGGCGCGCCCCUUAACAGUGCACACUUAUACACUUCACCCUGAACUUAGGUGUUUUUCUGUCCUUUUCUUUCCCUGAUUUUGCUUUUCUAUGCCCAUUUGCUAUUUUUCACUAUUACUUCUCACCGUCGCUGCCAUGCAUUACAGGUCAAAAGAAGAAGAAGAAGAAAAGGAAAACAACACCGGGAGAUCUACAAUUUUCAUAGACUUGAUAAAAAGAUUUUUGGACUGUGGUCCCACAGCAUGGGGUGUUCUCUUAUCUUGUUAAUCAAGUAGUAAGCAAAGCAGCUCUGCCAGUCCAUUUUACGAAUCUCUUGGCGGGCCAUCUUCCACUGCUCCUCACUCCUCAGUCACUGCCAUCGUCUGUUUGUUUACAUGCAGCCGUUCGGUACCCAUGUACCCACGCUCGUACUCACAACCAUUUUCCAUUCAUAAGGACAACCAACAACUCGCUCCCGGUUGGGCAUACGGGCAACCGCGGUUGUCCAUUGCCCCAAUGGUUGGACACCGCCUUUUAAGGCAGCACGCAUGACGCUGACGGUAGGUAGACAUGACCCGUACAUGUCAAAGCAACACGGAACUCGUGGCGAUAAUGCGCGAAAGCUGUGAUGGUAAGAAUUUAGGACUAAGCGCUAAACUCGAGGAUCGCGAAACUCGGAUUGCGCGAAACUCAAGAGGGUACUGUUCUGUGCCCCUAUAGCUCAUUCUGACCCUAGCAACAGCAUAAUGUUAAUAUAUCUUGUCGACUGCAUAUCUCGUUCAUUCGCAGGGACAGGACUCACUGUUUAUGGCUGGAGAAGUGACUGAUGGUGUUCAUUUAUCAAACUUUGCUUUCCACAUGUUCAACACUGUACCUGUUUCUUGCUACACUGAAAGAAAUCUGAACCAACUAUUUAGUAAGACUGGAUGCCAUGCACCUUCUAGGAGCAAGGCUUGAUGGGGGGUCCUCUGCUACCCUACAUUGGCAUUUUCAUACCAAAACCUUUAUUCCUAGUUGGUAAAUAUGGCAACAAAUGCUAUCUGGCAACUCACCUUAGUUACCCCACAGCCACAGACACUUACCCAACAGUGGAUCUGGUUUUGUGCCCAGUCUGUGGAAAGUAACCAUGAUGAUGGGGAUUUUCAAAAAAUAGGACAGGUCAGCCACUUCCAGUUAUCCUCCAGUUAGUUUAACCCUUCGAGAUAGACCUGCAGCAGACCAAGAGGUGAAUUACACACACACACACACACACACACACACACACACUUCCCCGCUGAUGUCCCUACGUGCUGGUCCAGCUGGACUAGGGUAAGGUUGGAGGGGAAAGGCUGGGUGGGCUGACCCAGCCCACCGAGCUUUUCCCCUCAGUUGUCCGUGAAAUUCCAGGUGUUAGUCCUCACGCUACAGCAAUUAUAGUUGGUUUCACGAGAGCUGGCGGGGAUAAUCCUUCAGGGUUGGACUCGCGGACUUGGCAUCAUUGCUCUGGAUCACACAUUGUCUGUUGAUUACUAGAUCUGAGCUGCUGCAAUUUUGUUUGCCAUGACAUUGCCUACUGUCUCUUGCUCUCUGCUACCUCUUUAACCCCUACGGGACGGGGAGCGGCGAUCGCCGCUUGGUUGACGGAGGACGGGUGGCGGUGAUCACUGCUCUGCUUAUAUUUCGCUAAUGAUAACCAUUCUCCCAAUUUUUUUCCCCCCAAAUAUGUCAACACUUGUCCUGAGUACUUUUAUUGGCAAGUCAGUGCAUCUGAGGCUUUCCUAGUGGAUGGACGUGUAAAAAUGGAAUGGCUGCAUUCAAAACGCCUCGUCGGUCCGUGCAGCCAGUGGCUACGUCCACUCCAAUAGCCGAUUCAUCACGUACUGAUAGGCAGUGAUCGCUCAAGUGCUCGACCUUCCGACAGUGCAAUAGAACAGAACUUGAUAUUUCUGUAGUAACUCAGGAAAGUGAUUUUGAGUGGAGUGACAGUGAUUCUGAGUGGCAUAAUACGAGUAGCGAUGAUGAUGGGGCAACCACCUCAGGUCCACUACUUCUGACCACGUGCACUGCUGCGACACGUUCCACACCUGUUACUGCCUCAUCCACCAGUGGGCAGGAAAUGACAAGGCCAAAGUCUAUAUAUACAGAGUCAAGUCACUCUGCCUUCAUAACUGCUACCAGCACACGCGGGGGGGCGGUUUGGGACGGAGAAGCGGGGUGACGACAUUUGAAUCAAAAUACCCGCCAGUUUACGGGUGACUAAAGCUGUGGGCCGUGUGUGCACUUUGGAUGUGUAUACUCGCCUUCUGUCACCGCGCAUUUAGGCAAGCCACUGACGAAAAAAAUAUGCCUUUUUAUUGAGCUAUGCGUGACUGUAUUUCCAGUGGCGGUGUGGGGUGUGAGAGGGGGCAUGUUGAAGUGAUUGAUAUAAAUUAGUCUGCCUUUCUUCAUUUUCUCAAAAUCCCAGUUUCUACAUUCUCUACAGUACCCUCUCAAGUUUCGCGCUUGCUUCAUUCUGAAGGUAUAGCGCUAAACUCGAGGAUCACAAAACUCGAGGUAUUGAAAUACAUGAAAAAGCGCUUAAUGGUUCCGGCCUGUGGAUUUUUGUUUUUUUUUUUUUUUUUUUUCUCGACUUGACUCCCUUGUUAUCACAAUUUUUUUUCGAAUUUACUCUCUUUUUAUCUCAAAAUAUGUACCUUGGUAAUAGGCAGAAAAUGGGAAGUGAGAACAGGUCGUUCUGAAGCCGCAGUUGAAGGCGGCUGCCUUACAAUUGGCUGGCAGUUCUGAAUUCACGCUUGUGAUCCACGUGGAGUCGUCUGCUAAUGUGAGGGUGGUUGCUCGCGGUCACCCGUGGUACAGUUGGACAAACCUUUAGCUUUGGUAGUUUUCUGUGUUAUGGUAUAAUCUGCUAACUCUUUCUGUUAUAUAUCAUCAAAUCACUAACAUCAUGUUUGACUUUUCAAUGCCUAUUGAACGUAAACUGCCGCCGCAAUUGUAAAAUAGCUCGCAGAGAGGUUCAACUUGCUUACUGCUUCCAUAUUUCCCUCACCGCUCUCAAAGACCACAAGUGGACAAAAAAGGACAAAUCCGGGCAAAUUAACACUUUUAAUGCUGUGUAUUCCCACAGCGCGCAUGCGUGGUGGACAGCAGAAUGACUAAUUUCAGCGGGAAGAUAUUUCUUGCAACACCGGCCAGUGUAGUGGACCUUCUUCUUCUUUUGACCUGUAAUGCUUUGUAUCGCUUCUUAGGUCCUCCUUCUCCACACUUUUAUACUUCACAACAUGCACUUAGGGCCGCCUUCACAGUCAUUUUGUUUGUAUUGAUCGUUACCAAUGGCGGCGAUCGCCGCUCUAGUGUUUCCACAUGAAACUGGCCGAUGGGUAGUGAUGUGAUGUGAUGGUGUCGGAGGUAUUGCCUUUACAACGGCACCUUGUGGCGGCUGCCCUUAUUUAUUUCACAGUGCGCACUCAUACCCUGAACUUAGGUGUUUUUCUGUUCUAUUCUUUCCCUGAUUUUGGUUUUCUAUGCCCUUUUGCUAUUUUCCACUGAUACUUUUCACCUUCGCUGCCAUGCAUUACAGGUCAAAAGAAGAAGAAGAAGAGGAAAACAUCACUGGGAGAUCUACAAUUUUCAUAGACUCGAGAAAAAUGUUUUUUGGACUGUGGUUCCCCAGCACGGUGUGUUCUCUUAUUUUGUUAAUCAAGUAGUACGCAAAGCAGCUCUGCCAGUCCAUUUUACGAGUCUCUUGGUGGGCCAUCUUCCACUGCUCCUCACACCUCAGCCACUGCCGUCGUCUGUUUGUUUACAUGCAGCCAUUCGGUACCCACGUACCCACACUCAUACUCCCAACCGUUUUCCAUUCAUACGGACAACCAACAACUCGUUCCUGGUUGGGCAUAC